AUGGCAAGUCCUCUUAAGCUCAGUCCUUCCAUAAAGGAGCUGCGCUUUCUGUUUUCGCCGUUGGGCACCUCAAGCAAGGGCCUUAAGUGGGUUCAUGUUUAGUAUCCACUUGUGGAUGCUUACUUUCUCUUUGAUAUAUUUGCUCCUCGCUGAUUGGCAAUCAGUGUGCACUAGUUACUAAACCAUCCAGCCCCCACCACUCUUCCCAGUGGUCGCCACAUUCUGAUGCUACAUUCAUGCAUACGUCUUUAUAUUCGUGUGAAACUCCUGACCAGUUUCCACAGCCAUACAUUAUUUGACUAGAAAGUCAAGUGCAAUCUAAGUCCGAGAAAUGACGAUGCUAGCUGUCGACGGGUGUAUUGGAUCUGUCGCCGAAUUCCACAAAAGCUAACUUGGCAGCCUUGUUAGUAGGCGAGGUAUUUUUAUCGGUUUAUGAUCACGGGGACUGUUGACCAAGUUAGUUUGAGAAAGUUCCCCCGCCAGAAAUUUCUGUUUCAAUAUUUUUGUUUUCACUGAUGAGAAGAAUGAGCCGAUUUCCAUCUCUCUGUCAUGAAUCGUCGCCCAUAAGGAGCUGCAAUGCGUGUCAUUAUCGAGGCUGGCUAGAUCAGGUGGAAUCGUAGCUGUACAGCAUGGACGGCUCUUAAGUGAUUCCCUGCCACGCGCGUCCUUCGCACCCCUCUGGGCCCUCCUGGCGGAUAUCUGACAAUAGGGACCGGACUUCUCAGACCGCCAUUUUCUCCUUGUAUUUCGCGACUUAAGAUCACGAAUCCAAACAGUAACUCGAUAAGUUCCAGUUUGUUGGUGAGAAUCAGACAAAAGUUCCGAAAAACGGUCUGUUACCGGAGCGCAGAAAUCCAGACGACUACGGUCGUUGGUUCGAUGCAGAUAAAAUCAGGGAAAAGCUGGCGGUUCCUUCGUUGAAUAUGUUCAUCCCGACCGUUUACAUUCUAUCAAUUGUGACUCCUGCCAACUUCCCCCGCCAGUCUUGCCAUCGACUCCCUUGUCGGGACUCAUACGUUUCUUUAUAUAUGCUUUACUUCAUCAUAUCUUAACAUAGCCUAGUGAGGUGACUUGAAUUCAUAAAGUUACCACUGUUAACACGGUUUGCCGAUAAUUUUUCAAAGUAGCCACUCUUUGACAACAAGUCGACAAGAUCCCUUACUUUUAAUCCCUCAUUAUGACUCCUUCCGUUGCUUUGCCUACUGUCUCAUCAUUGCUUCGGACCUUGUUUAUAGGUGGCUCAGGAGCGUACUUUGCGGGGUGGCAGGAGUUUUUGGCACAGGGCGGUUUCGAGCGGCCACCCGAAAUGUCCCUUUGAGGUCAUCUCUGCAGAUUAAUGUGAUGUAACACGCCUGUAAGGUGCCGAUGCACGGUGAUCUCCACGCCACCGUACUACCCUGCAUACAUAAUGUUUCGCCUACUCGCUGACUCUCCAGCCCGGCCCUUAACCAGUGUUGCAGUGUCACUAUUACACGACCAGCCCUUCCUCGUACGUCAGUCUUCCCUCUGACUUGGCCCGUAGUCGUUCCCCCUAUUUAAGGGGUAUCUGUCGUAGACCCACUACUCGGGCUGUAGCUAGGCUGCCCAAAAAGCCCUAUCCCGGGUUUCCAGCUACACCAGUCGUGUCCCGUCCCACCUAAUUAUGUGUAAAUUUGAGACAUUCAGUUGGUAUUAGAAUGUUGUUUACGUCCAGAAUAUCUUAUCGGAUUUUGCAUCUACUUCUUUCUGCUCACUAGCUGAUAGAUACAGGUCCUUAAGUCGUACACAUGAAGCUUUUGUCUAAAUGAGGAGCGUUUCUCGCUAGGAUACCCUGAUCCGUACUAUUUUGGGCUCGCUUCCUUUCGAUAGAACCGGCAGAGCAACAGUCGUGACAUUAUUAACGAGUGGGACUGUGGUAUGGGGCUCCGCACUUUAAAUCAUUAAAAUAACUUAUUAAAACGUAGGCAGAAUGGCAUUACCGACAAAGACAAGGGAGACUGGAGUGGCCAUUUCUGGCUUAUUAGCCGUCGUCAGCCAGCUAUACCCAAGCCCGAAGUGUGGAACACCCGAGCCUCGAACUCGCGACCUGUUGGUUUAGAAGUCCACGCCUCUAUCCACCGGGCCACGAGCCCGUUGCCUUGUCGGUUUUCGAUCGGGCUGCUGGUUGGGCUCGAGAGAGAGCCCUUAAGGCACAACGGAACGAGUGAGUUCUGUAUGAACGAUUGGUGAGCGCCCCCCUACCAUUGUAUAUUCCCGAUCGAAAACCGAUAAGCCAGAAAUGGCCAUUCCAGUUUCCCUUGUCUUUGUCGGUAAUGCCAUUCUGCCUAUGUAUCAUGCGCCGCUGUGCGGCUGCUGGUUGGGUUCGAGAGAGAGCCCUUAAGGCACAACGGAACGAGUGAGUUCUGUAUGAACGAUCGGUGAGCGCCCCCUACCAUUAUUAAAACGUCCCCAAAACAACUAGGUUCGUCUGUGUUUCCUUCCGAUACGCGUUUAUUAUGUGAGCCGUAUUCAGACAUUCCAGCUUAUGUACACUGUUCUUUUCAGACUGAAGUCAGGCAGAUAUAAGUGGAAAAUACACUAAGGCGAAGAACUAUCGUACCAAUUUAACGGCCACACAGCCGGCACUCGUGACUGGGCCUAGGAAGGGUUUUGGGUAUUCAGUUGGGCUCUUGCUGGAGUCGCACGGGAGUGCAUCCACUCCCCUUCCGUUACUCUUCUACGUUGUUUCGCGCACCGCAGGCAGUGUUCUUUUCUUGGUCUGUAUAGUUUUCUGCCACACUACUAUGCAACAAGUAAUCGCACCAUAGUGAUUUCCGAACUUUACUUGCCUUUUAGGACUACCAAAGAUUGCAUGUCCGACUGACAUGAUUAACCCACUUAUUUUUAGGGAAUUUAUAUUAUCAGGUUACGCCGGAUUAAGAAAAGCUAACCCCGAUGUGAAAUUUAUGAUUCGCGAAGGCAAUUCUGUCAGCCCAAGCAUCUACGCCCGCUACGGUUAGUCAAGUUUGUUGUUUUUUCUGAUUGCUGCUAGAAUUCGGGAAGGAGGCGGCGGUGCGGGUGGACAAUGCAUCCAAAAGCGAGAUAAUGGAGAAGAUCAAGAAGUUUUGCCAUUAG